AUGGCCACCACUCUCCCCAACUUCGACGGCCCCUUCGCACAGGUCAAAAGCCCUUCGAAAUUUGCACACGUCGUUCUCCGAACAGGCAACUUCUCUAAAAUGGUCGAAUUCUACAAAACACUCCUCGGUGCAGAAGCCACUUACGAAAACAAAUUCAUUUCUUUCCUCACUUACGAUGAAGAACACCAUCGUAUUGCCAUCUUAGACUUGGGCGCCAAGCCUCUAGACAGAGCUACUGCUGGACUGGAACACGUCGCUUUUGCUUUCGAUUCCGUGGCCGAACUGCUUCUUGCGUAUCGUCAGAGGAAGGCGAAAGGGAUUGAGCCCGUGUGGUGUGUUAAUCAUGGACCGACGUUGAGUUUAUAUUAUCAGGAUCCGGAUGGGAAUGAGAUUGAGAUGCAAGUCGACAGUUUUUCAACGAACAAAGAAGCCGCGGAGUUCAUGGCGAGUAAGGAGUUUGAGGAGAAUCCUAUUGGCGUGGAUUUUGAUCCAGACGAAUUGAUUAGGAAAUUGAAGGAGGGUGUGAGUGAGAAAGAGUUGUUGAAGAGGAAGCAUAUUGGGCCGAGGGGGAUGGAUAGUGUUCCCAGAAUGCCGGUUCCUGUUUAG